AUGUCAGGGCCGCUUGAUAGGUUCGCACGUCCCUGCUUUGAGGGGUUUUCUGGCCAUGAUGAAAGGAGGGAGAGGAGAUCGGAUUUUGAGAAUUCAGAGGAUGAUCGGCGAACGAGGAUUGGUAGUUUGAAAAAGAAAGCAAUCAAUGCUUCAAGCAAGUUCAGGCAUUCUCUUAGGAAGAAGAGCAGCAGGAGGAAGAGCGCGAGCCGAAGCAAUUCGGUCUCCAUUGAGGAUGUUCGAGAUGUUAAGGAGCUCCAAGCCGUGGAUGCUUUUCGACAGGCGCUUAUGUCGGAUAACUUGUUGCCAUCAAGACAUGAUGACUAUCAUAUGUUAUUGAGAUUCUUGAAAGCAAGGAAGUUUGAUAUUGAGAAAGCAAAACACAUGUGGGCUAACAUGAUCCAGUGGAGGAAAGACUAUGGUACUGAUACGAUUAUGGAGGAUUUUGAAUUCAGAGAGUUGGAUGAAGUCUUGAAGUACUAUCCACAUGGUUAUCAUGGUGUGGAUAAGGAAGGAAGACCUGUUUAUAUAGAAAGGUUAGGCAAGGUUGAUCCCAGUAAGCUUAUGCAAGUGACUACCAUAGAAAGGUAUUUGAGAUACCAUGUGCAGGGUUUUGAGAAAACGUUUGCUGUUAAGUUUCCUGCGUGUUCUAUUGCUGCAAAGAGACAUAUAGAUUCAAGUACAACCAUUUUGGACGUUCAUGGUGUGGGUUUCAAAAACCUAACCAAAUCUGCACGGGAACUCAUCAUGCGGCUGCAGAAAAUUGAUGGUGAUUACUAUCCAGAAACAUUAUGUCAAAUGUUUAUAAUCAAUGCUGGUCCCGGUUUUAAGCUGCUUUGGAACACAGUGAAAUCAUUUCUUGAUCCCAAAACUACUUCAAAGAUAAAUGUUCUUGGAAACAAGUUCCAGAACAAAUUACUUGAAAUUAUUGAUGUGAGUGAGCUACCUCAAUUUCUUGGUGGUAGUUGCACUUGUAUAGAUCAAGGUGGUUGUAUGAGGUCUGACAAAGGUCCAUGGCAGGAUCCGAACAUUUUAAAGAUGGUUCUUAGUGGGGAAGUGCAAUGUUCUAGGCAAAUAGUUACGGUUUCUAACGAUGAGGGCACCAUUAUUGAAUGUGAUAAGGCAUGUUUUCCAAUGCCGAUAAGAAGUAGUGAUACAUCAACAGCAGAAUCUGGAUCUGAAGUCGAAGAUAUCACUUCUCCCAAAGCAAGUGGAAAUUAUACAAACCCUAGGUUAACUCCUGUCCACGAAGAAGCAAGAUUGAUUGGUAGGGCAAAUCCUUCUGGCGGUUUCUCUGAGUAUGAUGAGUAUGUUCCCAUGGUUGACAAGGCUGUUGACCUCGGAUGGAAGGAGAAACAAGUAACAACUCAAAACUCGUAUGACUCAACAGAAAAUUUCCUGUUGAGGACUGGAAAAUCAGGUGGAAACUGUGCAUAUAUCUGGGUUGUUAUCGUGGGCUUCUUUGUUGCCAUCUUUACUAUUGCUCGUUCACUAGCAUUUCAUGUGACUAAGAGAAUAAAGGACACUAUAUCUGAUUCUGCCAAAAAUAUGCCUAACAUGACCAUUGAUUCAAUAACCAAGGAAGAAUCUCUUCCCCCAUCACCUGUUCCUAGAUUAACGAAGACAGAACUCAUCUCAUCUGCUUUGAAACGCCUUGGUGACCUCGAAGAGAAGGUUGACAUGCUACAGUCAAAACCUAAUGUGAUGCCAUCUGAGAAAGAGGAGCUGCUGAAUGCUGCUGUUUAUCGUGUGGAUGCAUUGGAAGCGGAACUUAUUGCUACAAAGAAGGCUUUAUACGAAGCUUUGAUCAGACAAGAAGAACUUCUGGCAUAUAUAGAUAGUCAGGAAAGAAGUAAACUAGAACAGAAAAAGAAGUUUUGCUGGUGA